GCGCUGAGGCGGCAGGUUCGCGUCUCAGGUGGCGGCGGCGGUGUCGGUCCCGCGCUCGAAGAUUGGCCGCCGCCGGCUGGGGCUGAGCCGGGCAGUGAGGAGUCACCGAGCAGCGGGAGGAAGAUGCUGCUGUCCCUGGUGCUCCACACGUACUCCAUGCGCUACGUGCUGCCGGCCGCCGUGCUCCUGGGCGCCGCGCCCCCGUAUAUCCUGGCCUGGGGGGCCUGGAGGCUGCUCUCCUGCUUCCUGCCCGCCCGCCUCUACCAGGCGGUGGACGACCGGCUCUACGUCACCUACCAGAGCAUGGUGCUCUUCUUCUUUGAGAACUACACCGGGGUGCAGAUAUUGCUGUAUGGAGAUUUGCCAAAAGACAAGGAAAAUAUAAUAUAUUUAUCAAAUCAUCAAAGCACAGUGGACUGGAUCAUCGCUGACAUUUUGGCCAUCAGGCAGAACGCUCUUGGACAUGUACGCUAUGUGCUAAAAGAUGGAUUAAAAUGGCUUCCACUCUAUGGGUGUUAUUUUUCUAAGCAUGGAGGAAUCUAUGUAAAACGAAGUGCCAAAUUUAAUGAAAAAGAAAUGAGAAACAAGCUGCAGAGCCACGUGGAUGCAGGAACUCCAAUGUUUCUUGUGAUUUUUCCUGAGGGAACAAGGUAUAAUCCGGAACUAACAAAAGUCAUUUCAGCUAGUCGAACAUUUGCUGCUCAAGAAGGCCUUGCAGUAUUAAAACAUGUGCUGACACCAAGAGUAAAGGCAACUCAUGUUGCUUUUGAUUCUAUGAAGAAUUAUUUAGAUGCCAUUUAUGAUAUUACAGUGGCUUACGAAGGGACUGUGGAUGAUAAAGGGCAGCGGAAAGAGGCGCCAUCUAUGACUGAAUUUCUCUGCAAAGAAUGUCCAAAAGUUCAUAUUCACAUUGACCGAAUAGACAAAAAAGAUGUCCCGGAAGAACAAGCCUACAUGAGAAGAUGGCUUCAUGAGCGUUUUGAGAUAAAAGAUAAGUUGCUUAUAGAAUUUUAUGAUUCACUGGAUCCAGAAAGAAGAAACAGAUUUCCUGGGAAAAGUGUUAAUUCCAAAUUAAGUCUUAAGAAGACUUUACCAUCCUUACUGAUCUUAAGUGGUUUGACUGCUAGCAUGCUUCUGUCAGAUGCUGGAAGGAAACUGUAUGUGAAAACAUGGGUCUAUGGAACCUUAAUUGGCUACUUAUGGGUUAGUAUUAAAGCAUAAAGAAGUAGCUGUCUCCACUGGGUGGAGUGCGCUACGCUGUCUGGUAUUGGAGGCUGCGCGUUGCAUCAGAUUGUUUCCUGAAUUGAAUAAGAAGUGUAAAUAAAGCCUUGUUGAUUGAACAUUGGAUAAAAUAGAAUUUCUGACUAAAGCCUAUAUGCAGCUGGUCUCGGGCAAGCGUGUGUGGUUUUACAACUUUAGGACCGAAGUUGCCGGAAAGGUGAACGCUAAGUGAAGUUUAUGCUGUACUCUGCAGUCCCCGUGAACUAAUGUCAACAGCAGGGGAGUGUUAGGACUGAGUAACUUGUUACUGGUGUGUAAUUCAGCUGGUUGUAUUUAUGAACAUUAAUUCUGCGGGAUGUUUCACUGUAUUUGUUAUUUCCAAUUUUUUACAAGGUGACUAGUUCCAAACUCUUAUCACAAGAGCAUCUGGUAUCUUGCAACUGUGUAAAAUUUUUCUUUUUGCUUAGUUGCUUUUUCUAAGUCAGUCAAAGAAAUUGUAUUUAAGUAUCAAGAUGUUCCAGGAAAAUGGAUGCAAAAAAAAAAGUCCAUGGUGAAGAAGCUCUGUUUAGGGCAUGUUUUUGUCGUAUUGCAUUAUUAGCUGACUUCAUAUUGGAAAAUAAUUAACAUUUCUAAUAUUUGUUGAAACAGCUUCAUUUGCACACCCUGUACUUCACACAAAAGAAUGUAUAAAACAUGAGAAUUACGUUUAAGUUAAAAUUGUGACUUAAUUCAAUGUAGCAGAAGUUUAAAUUGCCCAGCUUUUUAAUAUUUCAGUUAAGCUAUUAGUACUUGCAACAUCUGUGCCGUAAGUAUUGGAGAGUAUUAAGAUUUCCUGUUAUUUUCUUACAUCAGAGUAACCAGUGUGAACUCCUCUUGAACGCUGAGUCCAGAGAUACUCGAGGUAAUAGGAGCCUUCAGACGUUCUGGCAAGAUUUACUAGCAUGUGCCUUUUGCCUGUUACUCUGUGAUUUAGCAAAUUUAAUCCAAAAAUCAUUUUUAAAUGUUAUCAUGGUAGACUUCCACUGUAUUCUAGUCCUUUCUGUUUGGAUUAAAGUCGUUGGUGCUGUUUAAUGGCUUGCACAGUAGACCUGCUUUGAAGAAAUGCAUAACCAUCCAGUGUUUGUCCUGAUUUAAAGUCAGACUCUUUAAAUUCUUGUAAGCAAGCUUCACCAGCUACUACUGCAAAAGCAUUUUGCAUUUGUCUUGUGUCAAGAAAUUCAUCUUCCUCAAGUCAGUGAAAUACAGACUUAAUUCUACAGGACUGAGUAAAUUUGCUUCCCAUUAAUUUUAAUGGGACUGCGUGGUUAACACACAUCUUGUCAAAACGAGAGCUAUGUUCUGGGAACCAAGUUACACAGUAUUCAAUUGUGGAACAAUAUAUCCCAUGGAAGAAGAGCUUUUUUAGAAAACAUGGUUGGCUCUAUUGUAUUUAAUAAUUUAAACUUGUGUCCUCCAGUCCUUUAAGAUAACAUUUCUGCUUACUGCUAAUGGAUUUUUGUUUCAAAAUUAUAUCAGUGACCCAGAUAAAACACACGAAUUGAAUGCUGAUAAACAAAAUGAAAAAGGGAAAUUUUGUUGACCUUUGAAGAGUCAUGUGGUAUGAAUUGGUGUAUCUGUGUUAGGAUGUGUAUGUAUACACACAUUCAUAUACACACAUUUUCACAGGAUACAAUUGGUCUGAUUAUGAAUGGGGGCAUAAGUCCAACUUCUGAAAAGUGUUCUCAGGUCAAAUUGUAAUUUUCUUUUGUGAAGUGAAAUUUAAAUAAAUCCCAUGCCUUUGUUAAAUAAAAUUUUUAACCAUCUUAAAAUUACAACCUAUUUCUAACUGGACACCCUGGUGGUGUAGUGGUUAAGUGCUACGGCUUCUAACCAAAAAGUCGGCAGUUUGAAUCUGCCAGGCGCUCCUUGGAAACUAUGGGGCAAUUCUACUCUGGGUUUUUAUUUCUGACUACAUCAAAAUAAAUGUAACUUGUAUAACUUAUUUUGAAUAUCAUGCAUAUGCUCUAAAUUUAAAUUUUAAGAAACAAUCCCAUUGGAGUUAUGUGAAUUAUAACUGAUUAAGUAGGCAAAGUGACCUACCUGCAUAAGUUCACCUUGUGUUCCUUCUGACUGUACUUACAUGCUUCUCACAAAAGGUCUAUAAAAUAUAUGCUGGUUAAGAAAAAUUUUUUUUUAUUAAAGCAUUUGGAAAAUUAGAAGCUUUUCCUUAACAUGCGUUGAUAUUUUAUUGCAUUGAAUUAUUUUCUAAAUUUAAGAGCCCUAUGCUUUCCUGUAAACCUUUUACAAAUAACAUUGAAGCUUUUAUUUGUAUUGUUUAUUUACAAUUUAGUUAUUACUUAGUUUUUCUUUAUAAAAAUGCCAUCAGUGUGCAUGCUUUUAUGUUUUCCAGAAAAAGGAUGUGUUUGGAUGAAAGUUAAAAAAAAAUAAAAUCUUUCAUGUUCUCUA